AUGCUUCUAGAAUUCGUAAUACAUUGUGAACUACUUCUGUUAUCAGUUCUUCCGAAAAGAGAGUUUGGUUCGACGCCAGUCUCGUCGCUGUAUUCUCAAAGUGUGCGCCAGUCUCGUCGCUGUAUUCUCAAAGUGUGCGCCAGUCUCGUCGCUGUAUUCUCAAAGUGUGCGCCAGUCUCGUCGCUGUAUUCUCAAAGUGUGCGCCAGUCUCGUCGCUGUAUUCUCAAAGUGUGCGCUGUAUUCUCGUCGCUGUAUUCUCAAAGUGUGCGCCAGUCUCGUCGCUGUAUUCUCAAAGUGUGCGCCAGUCCGUCGCUGUAUUCUCAAAGUGCGCCAGUCUCGUCGCUGUAUUCUCAAAGUGUGCGCCAGUCUCGUCGCUGUAUUCUCAAAGUGUGCGCCAGUCUCGUCGCUGUAUUCUCAAAGUGUGCGCCAGUCUCGUCGCUGUAUUCUCAAAGUGUGCGCCAGUCUCGUCGCUGUAUUCUCAAAGUGUGCGCCAGUCUCGUCGCUGUAUUCUCAAAGUGUGCGCCAGUCUCGUCGCUGUAUUCUCAAAGUGUGCGCCAGUCUCGUCGCUGUAUUCUCAAAGUGUGCGCCAGUCUCGUCGCUGUAUUCUCAAAGUGUGCGCCAGUCUCGUCGCUGUAUUCUCAAAGUGUGUGCGCCAGUCUCGUCGCUGUAUUCUCAAAGUGUGCGCCAGUCUCGUCGCUGUAUUCUCAAAAGUGUGCGCCAGUCUCGUCGCUGUAUUCUCAAAGUGUGCGCCAGUCUCGUCGCUGUAUUCUCAAAGUGUGCAUGAUCUCGUCUGUAUUCUCAAAGUGUGCGCCAGUCUCGUCGCUGUAUUCUCAAAGUGUGCGCCAGUCUCGUCGCUGUAUUCUCAAAGUGUGCGCCAGUCUCGUCGCUGUAUUCUCAAAGUGUGCGCCAGUCUCGUCGCUGUAUUCUCAAAGUGUGCGCCAGUCUCGUCGCUGUAUUCUCAAAGUGUGCGCCAGUCUCGUCGCUGUAUUCUCAAAGUGCGCCAGUCUCGUCGCUGUAUUCUCAAAGUGUGCGCAGUCUCGUCGCUGUAUUCUCAAAGUGUGCGCCAGUCUCGUCGCUGUAUUCUCAAAGUGUGCGCCAGUAUAG